AUGGAAGAAGUGAGGGAUAACAAAUUUGCCCCUGGAAAGAUCAAAUUCAAGGACAUUGUGGGUCACGGAGCCGCAAAAGUGCGCAUCGCAGAAAUCUUGUUACCUGCUGGUCUUCCGCUGUCCAUCACUAGCUCAGUAUUUGCUGGUAUUCGAGCAAUGCCAUCGUCAAUAUUGCUGUAUGGACCUCCGGGGUGUGGAAAGACGCAACUCGCUCGAGCGGUUGCGGGUGAAGCCGAUGCAGCUUUUCUGCCAGUGGCACCAAGCGAUAUUCUCUCGAAGUUUGUUGGCGACUCCGAAAAGGCUGUCAACGAUAUUUUUGUAGAAGCCCACGAUCGAUCGCUGAUGAAAGAAUCACGGUGUGCUGUUGUAUUCUUUGACGAGAUUGAUGCCUUGGGCCAAGCACGAUCGGGGGACCCGAGUGGAGAAGGGGGGCGCUGCUCCAGAGGAAUACUAGCCGAGCUGCUUGUUCAACUCAAUCAUAUUUCUGAUCAAAGAGGAGCAUCUUCACACCAAGACAAUGAUAACAAUCAGCAUCAGAAUGGUAUGGAGCCCGAACGAGGCUUGGUUCUUGUUGUCGCUGCCACCAAUCGUCCUGAAGACUGUGAUCCUGCUUUAUUGCGGCGAUUCGGUAUUCGAAUUCACGUUGGGUUCCCCUCCGUAAGAGACUGCAAAAAAAUGCUCACUCGGCAUUUGGCCAAAGUCCAGAACACAUUGAGCAGAGAGAAUUUGUCCGAACUCGCAGAAUGGCUCAACACCAAUAAAUGGUCAGGAUCUGAGAUUGAAAGCGUAGCACGUGAAUCUGCUAUGGCACCCAUUCGGGAGUGUAUUCGUUGUGCCGCCAGCCUCCGGAAGAGGUGUCGUCGUCAACAACAAAGCGGAGGUAAUGCUUCUGGGCAAAAAGACGAAUGCAAGCCAGCUGAUCCUCACGCAGCUGCGAAAGAUUGUUUGUUGCGGCAGUUGCAAGAGCUUCGACCCGUUACGCUUCGUGACUUUGAUCAAGCUAUUCGCUUCAUUCUCAAUGAGCAAUCUAGGCCUGAAUGUGUUCUAGGCGGAUACGCCGUGUGCCAAGACAACCAUUAUGAUAGCUCCAGUGAAGAAGAUGAAUAG